GCCCAUACCCCGCCUUGUACUGGCCCCAGCCUUUGGUCUCCGCGCGCCUCUGCGGACACGCACUUCCUGCAAGGCCUUGGUGGGCGCUUUAGCCGAGCCGAACCAAGUCGAGCCCUAGCGACCACUUCGCCAUGGUGGACGAGUUGGUGCUGCUGCUGCACGCUCUCCUGGUGAGGCACCGAGCCCUGAGCAUCGAGAACAGCCAGCUUAUGGAACAACUGCGGCUGCUGGUUUGCGAGAGGGCAACCCUGCUGCGCCAGGUACGUCCACCCAGCUGCCCGGUGCCCUUUCCCGAAACGUUUAACGGCGAGAGUGCCCGGCUCCCCGAGUUCAUUGUGCAGACGGCCUCUUACAUGCUGGUGAAUGAGAACCGGUUCUGCAACGACGCAAUGAAGGUGGCCUUUCUGAUCAGCCUUCUCUCCGGGGAAGCCGAGGAGUGGGUGGUGCCCUACAUCGAGAUGGAUAGCCCCAUCCUAGGGGAUUACCGGGCCUUUCUGGAUGAGAUGAAGCAGUGUUUUGGCUGGGAUGAUGAUGAAGAUGAUGACGAUGACGACGACUAUGAAGAGGAUGAUUACUAGGCCCGAAGCCCCUUGGGCCUGGAGGGGAGAAGGCCCCUCCCACCCUUCCCCCUGGAGCUACCGUACUCCCCCUUCUGCUGAGAUCCCCUUCCCUACCCUCUAUUCUCUCCCUCGCCCUCCUUCCUUGUAGUGCUUGUUGUUUUUGUUUCAGGAAUAGUGUUCCAGUUACCUGCUGCCAGGGCUGGGGUUGGGCCUGGGCUUUGAUCUGCAGCUCGCUGUGGCUUGAUGUCUUGUCUUCAGCUGUGGCCAGUCAGAGGGCACCUUCCCUGCUAAUCGGAACUGUGUCCUGAGCUCCAGCUCCUGGCCCAGGUCCCUGAUAAGACUGGUCAGAUCAUCUAGGUCCCUGCGGAUGCCACUCACCCUACAUCUGCCCAGCUACUGUGCUGCUACUUGACCACCAGCCAUCGCAUCUCACGGACAGACUACAGCCUUUGGAAACAAGGACCGAGGGAAAGAUGCCUCAGUUGCUUACAUGACAUUGGACACUUAUUUGGACAGCUCACCCACCCCUGAAGGGGGAAAAUUUAGUCUGGUUAGUUCUCUACCCAGUCCCAGGGUGUUCCUUUGCCCUGCUAGAUUUCUGUAGGAGCCUGAUGUGCCUGGCAGCUAAAAUGUUCUUUUUUUCUUAUGCAGUUUUGCACAGUUAUUGUGGGGUUUUUUUUGUUCUUUCAAAAUUGUAGCAAUCUCAUCCAUGUUAGCAUUGGGACACAAAGUAUUGUAAACAAAACAAGCAGAAAAACAAGAACAGGCUCUCAGCCCAGCUUCUCAAUACUACCUU